UUCCCUCGCUCUGCACCCGACGACACCCCCCUGAAGACGAAAUAUACGCUGCGAUUGUUACAGUCAAUUGUUAACGCUGGACCGGGUGUGAUUUUGUGGGUGGUAGCGGAGGUGCAAUGGUGGACUUCUCUCCGCAGGGCGGGCCCCCGAUGGGCGCCACCAUGACAACCUUUCGAGUGGCAGCGACAAACGGAGUCCCAGCACCCUCUGUUGCACCGAAACCGAGAAUGGGCGCUGUGGCAUUACCUACGAGCAACGGUAUGCAGACAAAUGGAGUGCCAGCGAUUCCUCUGAGCGCUCGAAAGGCGCAGCCGCUAGAUCUCGCGACUGUCGAGCGCAGAGCACCGGGGCCGGCGAAUCACGAACCGCCGAAGUCGAAUCGCAUGUUCGGACUGCAAGAGGCCCCUACAUUUCGACCUACUGCAGAGGAAUUUAAAGAGCCUAUUCAAUAUAUCCAGAAGAUACGGGCCGAAGCACAGCAGUAUGGGAUUGCGAAGAUUGUUCCGCCCCACAACUGGAACCCCGGUUUCGCAGUGGAUACAGAGCGCUUUCAUUUCCGCACGCGACGACAAGAGCUUAACUCUAUCGAAGGAGGUACACGUGCCAACUUGAACUAUCUGGAUCAGCUUUCCAAGUUCCACAAACAACACGGCAACAGCCUCACACGAUUCCCCAGUGUCGACAAGCGGCCGCUAGAUCUCUACAAACUGAAGAAGGCUGUUGAGACGCGUGGAGGAUUUGAGCGCGUGUGCAAACAAAAGAAAUGGGCUGAAAUUGGCAGAGAUCUCGGUUAUAGUGGCAAGAUCAUGUCGUCGCUGUCCACGUCGCUCAAGAACUCGUACCAGAAAUGGCUACAUCCGUAUGAGGAAUAUUUGCGAGUGGUCAAGCCUGGAGUUCAACAGAUGCUGGAGUUUGAGAACGGUGGUCCAUUCACUCCAUCGCCAGCCCCGUCUCCAAUGAAACGGUCAACCCAAGCCACGCCAACUGGCAAGUCCAUCGAUUCUCCUGCCCUGAGAGCUUCGGCGGCACUUCAUGCGUCGAUUCAGAGUCAAGCUGUACCGUCGCCGCCUCCAGAACCACCACGGCCUGUGAUGUCCUCUGGAUUUACAGCUGUGAAUGCGGGCGGGUUCACGGCGGUUAAUGCACAACCGCCGCCACCAGCAGCAGUAGCAUCGACUCCGAGUUCCUUCUCUGCUGUGAAUGCUCCAAAUGGGAUUCUUCGAGAUAAUAUUGAUUCUCGAAAUUCUACGCCUUUGCGCAAUGGCGGCAGCCCCAUGCUUUCAGCUCACAAUACGCCGGAUCUGCGACCGUCAGCCGCUGGAUUGACUCCCCUCGCGAAUGGGCAGGCGCUCAACCACCUUAAGCGAACCCUGUCGCAAGAUACCGACAGUGGCAUGAACGACGAUGCGGAUGCGGCGAAUGGCCGGCGUAGUAAGCGUCUAAAGAAAGAUGCGGCGCCCACUGUGGCGGGCUCUCACAUGACCCAACCCCGACUUUCAACACCACGACCCUUCAACCCGCGCACUCGAGCGCCUGACGAGCGGCCUGGCGAUAGAUGUGAGUCUUGCGGUAACGACAACGACCCUGAGCGCAUUCUGCUCUGUGACAGCUGCGAUGCUGGUUAUCACGGAUUCUGCCUUGAUCCGCCAGUCAAAGCCGUUCCGGAAUAUGACUGGCACUGUCCGAAAUGUCUCGUCGGCACGGGUGAGUUUGGCUUUGAGGAGGGCGGUGUCUACUCCCUCGGACAAUUCCAAGAAAAGGCACACAACUUCAAGGAAGGCCAUUUCGCCAAUAAGAUGUUCGACCCCUUGACAAACACUAAGAAGCCUGUCUCUGAAGACGAUGUUGAGCGCGAAUUCUGGAGACUCGUCGAGAGCAUCACUGAGACUGUCGAAGUCGAAUAUGGCGCAGAUGUGCAUUCUACGACACACGGAAGUGGAUUCCCAACUAUCGAGCGCAACCCCCGCGAUCCGUAUGCGACUGAUCCCUGGAACCUCAAUAUCUUACCAUACAACGCCGAGUCGCUCUUCCGCCACAUCAAGUCCGACAUCUCUGGGAUGACAGUGCCAUGGCUAUAUGUGGGCAUGGUCUUCUCUACAUUCUGUUGGCACGCCGAAGAUCAUUAUACCUAUUCUGCAAACUACCAACAUUUCGGCGCAACUAAGACUUGGUACGGUAUUCCAGCCGAGGAUGCGGAGAAGUUCGAGCAAGCGAUGCGGGAGGCAGUACCCGAGCUCUUCGAGACUCAGCCAGAUCUGCUGUUCCAACUCGUCACUUUGCUUACCCCUGAACAACUUCAGAAGGCCGGAGUACGAGUAUACGCCUUGGACCAACGAGCUGGAGAAUUCGUCAUCACUUUCCCGCAAGCCUAUCAUGCUGGAUUCAAUCACGGUUUCAACUUCAACGAAGCAGUCAAUUUUGCCCCAUACGACUGGGAGCCUUUUGGUGAAGUUGGUGUGCAAAGACUCCAAGAUUUCCGCCGACAACCGUGCUUCUCUCAUGACGAACUCCUUCUGGCUGCAGCUGCACGGAAAGAUACAUCGAUCAAAACCGCGAAAUGGCUAGGUCCAGCAUUAGUGCGAAUGCGCGAUCGCGAAUUACAAAGUCGCACUGAGUUCCUCGAGAAACACAAAACCUCCCAGGAGCAUUCCUGCAGGGUGGACGGCUCUGGUGAAGUUGACACCAAGUGUGAAAUCGACUUCAUGACCGAUGACUCGGAUCUCCACGAAGAUGAAAUGAUCUGUAGCUAUUGCAAGGCCUACAGCUAUCUGUCUCGAUUCAUCUGUACGAAGACUUCUAAAGCGGUCUGUUUACGUCAUGCUGGCUGGUUCGAAUGUUGCCCCGGGUCGGAGGAGAAGGAUCGCUAUCUCGGCACUGGAGGUGAACACAUGCUCGUCUAUCGUAUGUCAGAUGAUUCCUUGCGAACAUCCGUUCAGAAGAUUGUAGACAAGGCUAGUACUCCCGAAGCCUGGGAAUCUAAGCUGGAUAAUCUUCUCGCGGAUGGUCCAAAACCUCAACUCAAGGCUUUGCGCGCACUCUUGAACGAGGGCGAAAAGAUCGACUGGGAGCUCAAUGGUCUAUCGGACUUGAAGGAGUUCGUCGAGAAAUGCUCAGAGCUCGCGGAAGAGGCCGUCAACUACACCACACGCAAACAGCAAAAUCGGCGGAAGAACGAGCGAGCAUGGCGAAGAGGCACUGCGGCGAAAGCUGCUGCCGCCGCUGAGCUGGAUGAGAAAGAACGUGAGUAUCGCAAAGUCGAAAACAUCCAGAAGCUGCUCUACAAGGCCGACAAGCUCUGCUUUGACAGCCCAGAGAUCACCGCGCUUCGGGAACGUGCCGACAACAUCGCAGAGUUCCAACAAAAGGCGCAAACAGCCUUGCGGGAUCGACCCGCUCAGCAGAGCAUUGCUAAGUUAGACGAGCUUUUGGAAGAAGGCAAAGGUUUCAACGUCGACAUUCCAGAGCUUGAUUCACUUGAUCGGGUUGUCCAACAACUCAAGUGGCUCCAGGAGGCCUAUGAACUCAAGACUAAGCAGUCAACUCUUCAAGAGGUUUCAGAUCUCAUUGUGCAAGGUCUGGAACUUGGUAUCCCAGAGAACCACCCCGAGAUCCAUUGGUACCAAGAGAAGAAAGCUCAAGGAGAGCUCUGGGAGGCCAAAGCCAACGAACUCAUGUCGGUCGAGAACGUCCACUAUCAACAGUUAGAUGCUCUAUCAAAGCAGGCCACUAGCCUCCCGGUCACGCCAGAAACUCUUGCUGGUGUAGAUGCAAUUCUCAAAAAGCAGCGGGAUGCCCAAGAGCUAAUCAUGUCCCUGUACGAGCGUAGCAAAAAUCCCGACUUCCGCCAACGACCAAAGUAUAGAGAAGUCCGCGAUGCUAUGGAGGCCCUCAAUGCGCUCAAUAGUAAGCCAUCCGGUACCAUCGAUCUCGAGAAGGAGCAGAAGCGCCACGAGGAUUGGAUGCGCCGGGGAAAGAAGUUGUUCGGAAAAGCUAAUGCGCCGCUCCACAUUCUCCAGGCACACAUGAAGCAGGUAGACGAGCGAAACCGAUCUUGUUUUGAUCUUGCCGAUCAACCCCGAAUGCCCGUUGAGCCCGCAUCACGAGCUAAUAGUCCUGAGGAAGGCGACAAUGUAGACGGUUCUGGUUCAAGUCGGGACGUGUUCUGCAUUUGCCGCAAGCCGGAGGCUGGUAUGAUGAUUGAAUGCGAACUCUGUCAUGAAUGGUACCAUGGCAAAUGUCUUAAGAUUGCCCGCGGCAAAGUCAAAGAGGAUGACAAGUAUACUUGCCCAAUCUGUGACUACCGUGUCAAGAUCCCCCGGGAUGCCACCCGACCAAAGCUAGAGGACCUUAUGACUUGGCAAGACGAACUUCCUCACCUGCCUUUCCAGCCGGAGGAAGAAGAUACGCUCGAAUCUCUCAUUGACCACGGCAGCAAAUUUCGCGACUAUGUCGCCAAGUACAUCAACCCGUUGAUGUCAAGUCCGGAUGAGCUUACGACCCAACGCUUCUACCUGCGUAAGCUGGAAGGUGCAGAAAUUCUCCUGUCGAAUGAAAUCAACUUCUUCCGCCAGGAGCUGCACAAGUGGGCUCCAGUGGCUCCUUCGCCACCACCAAUACUCCAAGUAUCUCUCUCGACACGCAAGCCUCGCCCGACAAAGCAGCAGAAGCUCAUGAACCAGCUCGGUCUUACGAACCCAGAAGACUUGCCUCAGCAUUUAAGGACAAAAACUCACCAAUUCAAGCAUCGCAAGUCACUUGAUCCAACAAAGACGCCCCAGACAAUCCAGCCCGCCCCCGAGCCUUCGCAUACUCCCCCAGGCGAGCCACCAGGUCUUCGACGUGGUUUUGGUGAGCAGGAUUACUUCAACUCUGUACCUACGACUAGUUACAACAACUCGCCAACAUUUACUGGUGCGCCGAUGAAUUUUGGAGCUAGUUCAUCCAUCCAACCUAUUGACCCUGGAUUGUUUGAUGGAUCCGGGCAGGGGCCAGCAAGUCCGAUGCAGGACCCAUUUAAGAGUUCCGGAAGUGGACAAGAGAUGUUUGGCGAGAUGAUGGAAGUAGGCGGAGGCCAGGCCGAAGAGGCCUUGGCUAUCACCGAGGACAGCCGGUACAUCGACUGAGGAUAAAGGACUGACCACUUCCCUUUCCAUUAUGGCAUAAGUUUCUCUUCCCUUUAUUUACUUCAUACUAUUCACGGCAUAUUGUGGAUGGCGUUUGACCGGCAUCAUCG